AACCUGCUGCAGCUUGAUCUCCAGAGACCCUACAAAACACUGUGUGAGCUUUCCAAGAAAUAUGGGUCUGUGUUUACAGUUUAUUUUGGACCAAAAAAAGUGGUUGUUCUCACCGGGUACAGGACAGUCAGAGAGGCUCUGGUCGGCUAUGCAGACGAGUUUGGACAAAGAGAAAUCAAACCUAUAUUUGCAGAUGUAACGAAGCAUAGUGGAAUCCUGUUUUCAAAUGGAGAAACAUGGAAAGAGAUGCGUCGUUUUGCCCUCAACACCCUCAGAGACUUUGGGAUGGGGAAGAGAGUUGCAGAGGAGAAAAUCUUAGAGGAGUGUGGACACCUCAUUCAAGUGUUUGAGAGUUAUAAAGGUAUAACAUGA